AAAUAACUAACAAAGAACCCAAUUCACCAUAAACAGCGGUGGUUGCGCAUCAAAAGAAUCGUUAAAUACCCGCCCCAGUUUAGAAGUUACAAUUUUUAGCACGUGAUUUACUCUUGAAGCUCAUGCAUGGCAGCCAUUACUACGAUUACUUUUUAUCGCGCUGUGUGUUGAAAAGCCGAAGGGUUCGAAGAGGGGGAUUUGGAGGUCGACAUUCUUGUUUUCUUCUUUUUGUGUUUCCUUGCUCUGUUAGGAAGAAAUGUUAGCGAGGAAGAAGAGCUUCAAGCCAAAAUAUAAUUAUAAAACCAUCAGUCAAUCAGUUUCCUGCUUGUUGUGGAAUUUUAGCCUGAAACCACAAAAAAAGGUGUUUCCAUCAAAUGGAAUUAAAUUACACGAUCGAUUUUUCCGCUUGAAAGAAUCGAUCCGUUUGGCAGACGACGAUAUUUGGAGAAAAGAAAAGAAAAUACAGAAAUGUUUCAUUGUACGAAAAUUUUAAAUAAAUGUCCUGUAACACCAGUUUUAACCCGUUGCCGGUCAUCUUUUGCAAAAUUUCAAGAAUGGUACCGCGAUCUGUGGACUCCCCAACUACCGGCUCCGCCUUUCAAACACGUGUGCCAAAUCGGUGUGGUAAUAUGAAUACAGACCCAACAUUAAGACUGAAAGCUGGAGAUGUGCCUCUUGAAGAACUUAGUUCUGAUCGGAUGAAGCAUAUUCUUCUAGUUUUGAGAAGUGUGAUGAAAAACUAUAAAUCAGUUGGGAUUUCAGCCCCACAGAUUGGAAUUCCUUUAAGAAUUAUGAUGAUUGAAAUUCCAGAAUAUGUAGUACAACAUUUUGGUCCAGAAGUUUGUAAAACACGUGAAAUUUUCACUACCCCUUUCAGGGUAUUUAUUAACCCAGUAAUGGAAAUAAAAGAUUUUAAGCAAACUCUUUUUCCUGAAGCAUGUGAAAGCCUCAAGGGGAUGAGUGCCUUGGUACCCAGAUAUAGAGGAGUGCAUCUUAAGGGAUAUGAAUACGAUGGAUCUCCGACGGAAUGUGAUGUAACAGGCUGGGCGGCAAGAAUAAUUCAACAUGAAAUGGAUCAUCUGAAUGGCCGUAUUUACACUGAUAUAAUGGAAUGCAAGUCUCUGCAAGUAGAUCUUUGGAAAACGAUUAACGCCAAAAAAGGAAAUGUCUUCGUUAAAUAUAACAAAUGAGUCACUGAAAUGUUUACAGAGGAACAUUAAAUAUAUUACAUUGUAUGUUGUACAGUA